AUGAAGCCCACACCACUUCUGAGGCCAAUUUCCGCCGCGGACUGUCCGGGGAGAGUCAGGCGACCAACGUGUCCACGGACCGCAGAACUUGCCCCAGGCUCGGGGGUGGAAGUUGCACGUGCCAAGGGCCCCGAGGGGCGCGCGCCCGCCUCGCCGGCCCGCGGGGUGGGCUCCAGCCCUUUGGCGGCUGCUCCGGGGCGUCCGGGGACACUUACUCCGCUGUCCGCACGCCUUCCUCGUUGGCAUCAGAGCCCGUCAAAUCCCAACCCGCGCCCGGCAAAGCCCUCGCGCGGCGGGCUCGCGCGGCAGCCCCGGGGGGCCUGGCGGGGGCGGAGCGGCGGGGAAGCCGUCGGGCCCCUAGGGCAGGGCGGCCGGAGGUCCCGCUCCCCUCCUGCAGCGGCCCCGACGGAGAGAGGCGUCCCGGGGAGGCGGUGGCCCGGCCGGAGCGAGCUGCGCGCCCCGGAGGUCGCGGGGUCGGGGGUCCGACGCCCCGAGGGCGGGAGGGGGCCCGCGGAGGUCGGCCCAGGAGCUGCCUCCGGCGACGGCGCGGAGCUCUGCGCCCCGGGGUCCCAGGUGCAGGGGCUGGGAGAGGGCGCCUGCCCCGGGUGCAGAAAGCCAAGGGACACGACCCGAAGAAAACGAAACGCCCAAGGAGCUGCCGCCGCCGCCUCCCUGCCCCCUCCCCGGGGCCGCGGGGCUCCGAGCGCGGAGUCUCGCUCCCGACCCGCUGCGUCUGCCGUCUUGGAGGCCGCGAGCAAGGAGGACCGGGCCCGCCCCAUCGCUCGGCCCGGGGCCCCCCGGAGCGGCGAGGAGCCCCGCGCCCUCGACUCAUCCCUACGGCCCCGCCGCCUGGAGCCCGGGUCACUGCCCGGGUCCCCCGACCGGAGACUAGCCGUCCGCUCCCGACAGCGCCACCGCGUGGGCUGCGACCGAACCCCGCGGCGUCCCGGAGCCUGCCCCUCGGCGUCGCCCGGUCGCGGGUGCAGGGAGCGGCGGGGGAUGGGCAGGUGCGGGCCCGGCUCACCCCCGGACCACCCUACGCCAAAGCCCGCGGGGCGAGCAGGACCUCGGCGGCGGCCCGACCCCCCGGGAGGGGACCCAUACCUGGCAGGUCCAGGCCGAAGCCCACGCGGCGGGCAGGGCCGCCCGCGCCGAAGUCCGCGCACCCGCCGCCGCGCGGAGGCGGCCCAGCUCCCGCCCUCCCGGGGCUCCCGCAGCUCCCGCGGCUCCCGCAGCGGUCGGCGCCCCUGGGCCAAGCGGGCGAGCGGCGGGAAAGCCGGCUGCGCGCCCCGCGGUGCCCCGGCCCGGGCGGCCCAGGCCCCUGUGGAGCGAUGGGGAGCCCCGAGGGUGUCCUGGGCCGGCUCACGACCCCCCCGGACACCUUCCCGGCCCGUGACAGCUGGACCCCGGGGAGGGGUCGCUUCUCCCCCGCCCCGCGCGCCUCGGGCGCCCGCCGCCAAGCCCCGCGGAGCCGGGCAUCACCUGGAGCUGGCCCGGCGCGACGUCACCCUCGCGAGCCCCCGUGUCGGGCUCAGGGGACCUCCAACUCCUAGCCCCACGCAGAACCGAGGCUCGGGCCUGAGCGCUCACGCCCGGCGGCCGCCGGUCACACCCCCGCAGGUCGCCGGCCUGGCGGUGGAGCAGGGCGCUCCCGCCGGGGCCCGGGGUGCCCGGCCGUGCCCGCGCGGAGCAGUUCUGGAGCCCAUUGCCGCGCGGGGCUGUCCCCAAGCGCGCCAGGCCCGGCACGCGUGCCAAGUGGCUCACCUCGGCUCGCUGCGCCUGCCUUUGCCCCCGGGGCCCGGGGCCUGCGCGCGCGAGGCGGCGGGUCGGGACGCGGACGCCGUCUGCUCACCUCCAGGAGCCGGCAGCGGGUGCCUGCGGCGUCGCUCGUCCAGCCCCGAGGCUGUGAGACCCCGAGUCAGCUUGAGGGUUGCUUUGUGCCGAGUCCAGGAGGCCCAGAGUGACUGGAAGACAGACCCAGCCCUGGGCACGUUCGGGGCCCAGAAGAGCGUCUUGCGGGCCCUGCCCGGUGGCCACUGCCCCCAGCUCUCCCCGCACCCUCAGCCGGUGGCACCAGAGCCCCUGAGCUUCUUCCAGCUUCUGCAGAUCGUGCCAGGGUGUCGGCACUUGGCUGAAGAGGGAGUGAACCUUGAGCUACGGUGUAUACGCCCCGUUUCCCCGCUUCCCAAGAGGGUGACAGCCAACUUCCCUUCCCAUCUGCUCCUGCUCUGGCCCGGGGCCCACCCAUGCCCUCCAGUGUCGGCCCCGCCAGGCGCCCAGCGCCCCAUGUCCUGGCUGCGCGCUAAGGGCACUCACCACGGCGGCCCUGGUCCCCCUCGCUGCCCAGGUUGGAAUCUGGUGGGCGACGAGGAGGGACGGAUCUGCGGGCCGCCCCCUCUUCCCCCGGCCCUAAUCAGAUGCAAGGCCACACGGAGCUCAGGAAGGGCCAAGGCCGCGCGACCCUCGGGUCCUCUUUGGAAAGGAGAGCCCCCUAAUCCCCGUGGGAGAAAAGGUGAGAGGAGAGUGGAGAUCCCACCGUGGCCAGGCCCAGGGGUUAAUCAUCUGGAUAAUCGGGAAAGGGCGCUGCCCGGCCUGGUCGCUGUCACCGAGAGUGUCAGUCACCAGCUCUCCACCCGCCGCAGAAAUUACCUGCUCCAAGAGACAUCCCACGGAGCCCUCCGCUCUGAGCUGUCCCCGCCCGCUGUCUGCGGGAAACGGUUCCCAAAUCCAGAAGGGCAGUGCCAGCUCGGGAUCGCUCCCAACUCCUACAGCGCAGCUCCAGCUUCCGGGCUACCUGCCUAUUACACAGUCCGUCUACCAAAAGGAAAAAAGAAAAGUGGUGGUGGAGGAGCGCCCCCAGCCCAAUUCGCCCCGACUGGGAACCCACGGGGUGCUGAACAGACGUCAGCUCUCUCGGCUCCUGCUCAGUCCCCGCGGGCAAGGAAGCGCCAGCGGCUCGAGAAGGUGGUUUCGCUUAGUCUACGUAAAAACGCCCCGAGGGUUGGACGAGACUUUGCAGAUUUGGCCUCCUGGGGGACCGCUCUUAGCUCUUGGGUGGUCGGCUCCCAACGCACUCUCCGCCCACAAGCACCGGGGACAGAGCCCACCUGGGCAGGACUGGUGGCUGUUAGGGCCCAGGAGGGUCCCCGUCGCCCCAACCCCGCGCGCUCGAGCUCCGGGCGGCGCGCACCCCGAAACCAGCGGGCGUCCCUGUGCACGUGCAAGCAUCCUCCCACUUCGACCCCAAUUCGCCCCGCGUCCGUCAGCCCAAACGGCUUUGCCUUCGGGUCUCUCCUGGGACCCAAGGCCCCGGGCCCCAAGUCCCGGAGACGCGGGCCGGAGGCUGGAGCACUCCUCUGCUCACCUUGA